AUGACCGUCUUGACUGGAUCGAAACCUCCCUGCGGGGCAAGUUCACAGAAACCUCAGAGCACAGAACCAGAGAUAUACUGUUCCCUAACAGCAUCCCUCGACUUCAGCAACGACGCAGAAGAAAAAUGGUGGACACGAACAGCUCCUCUGCUUUCCAGAAUCCUCGAUGCAGCCGGGUACACGCUUCCCCAGCAAUGCCAGUUCCUGACCCUCUACAACACACUUAUGAUCCCGAACUUCGGGCCUUAUCCUCAUGUAUGGCACUCCUCGAUAACGCACUCUGGGCUUCCUGUGGAGUUUAGCGUCAAUUAUCAGCCCGACAAGCAGCCAACCGUGCGUAUUGGUUUCGAACCUGCCUCGUCCAUUUCGGGCACUACACGGGACCCUUACAAUAUGAUCACCGUGUCAAAUGUCCUGAACAAAAUGUCCGGGCUCAACUUCAAGGGCUUUGACCCAUCUCUGUUCCACCAUUUGAUCGGCUCACUUACCCUCUCGAAGAAGGAAAGUGAUCUGCUCCAGGGCGCGAAGCUUGAAGGCUCCAAGUUCAAGACGCAGGUGGCUUUUGGGCUGGAUCUCAAAGGUGACGCCGUGACAGUCAAAACUUAUCUUUAUCCUGCGUUGAAGUGCAAGACCACGGGACUCGCAUUUGACAAACUUCUGGAGAACGCCCUCUCUAAGCAUCAGAAUGUGCACGAUUUUUCUCGGGUGCUCUCAGUUGUCAAUGAGUACAUGGAGGAGGGGCAGUGUUAUAAUCAGUACUCAUUCGUUGGAUUUGACUGCGUGGACUCUUCAAAGUCCCGAGUGAAGAUCUAUGGGGCUUUGCUAGAUAUAUCUUGGAAGAAAGUGGAGGAGGUGUGGACACUUGGCGGACGACUGGCGAAAAGUGAAACCAACAAAAAGGGUAUUGGGUAUAUGCGGGCCCUUUGGGAGUACCUGACACCCGGAAAGGAACGACGCCCUGUGGGAAUCUGGAAUUACGAGCUUUUACCCGGAAGUGGAGAGCCGAUGCCCAAGUUCUACGUGGACAUGCAUGGCGAGAAUGAUUGUCAAAAUGCGCUGGGCAUAUCAAGGUUCCUGCACCAUAUUGGCUUGACGACAAAAGCUGAAGGCUUCAUCAGAGAAAUCCGGGAAUAUUUCCCCGGUCUGAACCUUGAGGAAACAACUGAAGUGAUUCAGUAUGUAUCAUUUGCCUGGAGUAAAGAUGGACCUUAUUUUAGUGUUUAUUACCUAUCGUCCUACUGA